AGGGCUCUUGCAAAACCAAGCCACAAGGCCGACUCGCAGAAGAAGGCAGAGUGCCACCAUGCCCAGCUCAGCACUGCUCUGUUGCCUGGUCUUCCUGGCCGGGGUCGGGGCCAGCCCAGACCAGAGCAUGCCAUCUGAGAACAGCUGCACCCACUUCCCAGCCAGCCUGCCCCACAUGCUUCGAGAGCUCCGAGCUGCCUUCAGCAAGGUGAAGACUUUCUUUCAAAUGAAGGACCAGCUGGACAGCAUGUUGUUGAACCGGUCCUUGCUGGAGGACUUUAAGGGUUACCUGGGUUGCCAAGCCUUGUCGGAGAUGAUCCAGUUUUACCUGGAAGAGGUGAUGCCCCAGGCUGAGAGCCCGGACCCAGACAUCAAGGAGCACGUGAACUCCCUGGGGGAGAAGCUGAAGACUCUCAGGCUCAGGCUGCGGCGCUGCCAUCGCUUUCUGCCCUGUGAAAAUAAGAGCAAAGCAGUGGAGCAGGUGAAGAGUGCCUUCAGUAAGCUUCAAGAGAAAGGGGUCUACAAAGCCAUGAGUGAGUUUGACAUCUUCAUCAACUACAUAGAAGCCUACAUGACAAUGAAGAUGAAAAACUGAAACACCCUAAGCAACCAGUCCGCCAGGACGGUGACUCUACUGGACUCUAUGGACAGAAAUUGGAGAUCUCCAAAAUCUGAUCCAGGGUUCCAGAGAGCCAACCCAGCUCCUUGGAAAACCCUGUCAUACCUCUCUCCUAGAAUAUUUAUUACCUCUGAUACCUCAGCUCCUAUUUCUAUUUAUUUACUGAGCUUCUCUGUGAAGUAUUUAGAAAGAAGCCCAAUAUUAUAAUUUUUUUCAAUAUUUAUUUUUUUCAUCUGUUUAAGCUGUUUCCGUGGGGUCACACCCUAGGAUAUUUGAGUGUUUUAAGAUAAAUUGUUAAGUUAUACAAAGAGAAAAAAAAUGUUUCUUGGGAAGCCAUCUGAAGCAUCCCUUCCAAGUCCGACCAUACUUUGUAAGUGUUGAGCUGUUUGCCCCGCUCUCUCUGCAACUUCUUUUGUCCCUGGGCCUGGGGCUCCUCCUAGGAAGAGAAACGAGGGAGCCCCUUGGAUGAUUAAUAUCCCAGUGGCCCAGAAGGAUUUCCCUGACAUCUUUUUCUAACCACUUCGUCCUUCAAAGCUGAGAUCAGCUUGUUAUUUAUAACGACCUAGAAUUGGUUCUAAUAGAACUCAGUGUUAACUAGAAGCAGUUCAAUUCCUCUGGGAAUGUUACAUUGUUUGUCUGUCUUUGUAGCAGAUUUUAAUUUUGAAUAAAUAAAUGGGUUUUAUUAAAA